UGAAGAUUGGAUGUUCACAAAGGUGGAAUAACGAUAAUAAAACACUGGCUUUAUUAAACCCACAGCAGAGGACGGGUUUUUACGCAGUCCCUCUCUGGACUUUACACGUCAUCAGAUCUCGCCACACUUCCACCAUAUGUCUUCGCCCCUGGCAUCGGGGGCACGCGCUAACCUUUGCUGAAAGGCAGCAGGUAGACUGUCGAUCACCGCCGACGGAGACGCGGAUUGGCUGGCUCCGGGCCGCGGGGCUCCAGGCUCCGCCUCCCCACCCGCCGUCCUCCCCGCGCUGCGCUCCUUGCGGUGAGCGCGCAGGCUUGGUGCGCUCUCCGUUUACGCGCGUGAAGUUGUGGACGAGACGGAGCCGAGGACGUCCAGCCGCUCGCAGAAGCAGAGGCUCGCGUCCGUGCGCUGGGAACACGUCCGCGUCCGCUGCGAAACGGCAGCGGAAGGAGUUUGUGUGGUUUAUCGGGGACCAAGCAUACCCAACAGUAUGCGGUGCAGUUAUGGCAGGCAAGGGUAAGACAGUCGUAAGGACGCUGGAGGAUUUAACGCUUGAUUCUGGUUAUGGUGGAGCCGCGGACUCGGUCAGGUCGUCCAGCGUGUCGCUGUGCUGCUCCGACACGCAUCAGUCCAUCUCGCAUGGGGCCAACUGCUGGCAUCUGACGGAAUCCAUGCACAGCAGACACAACAGUUUGGACACGGUCAACACAGUCCUGGCGGAGGACACGGAGAUCCUGGAGUGCUCGGGCCAGUGCGCCAAGCUGCCCGAGCUGGAGGACGUGCCGUGGAGCCUGGGCGAGGUGGAGGGCGCGCUGCGCAAGGACGACGAGCUGAUGGUGGGCAACCCGCCGCCGGAGGUCCUGGCGAGGCUGUCGGCGCUCGUCGGCCGCGCGCUGGUGCGGGUGGCGCGCGAGGCGCAGCGGCUGAGCCUGCGCUACGCCAAGUGCACCAAGCACGAGAUCCAGAGCGCCGUCAAAGUGGUGCUGUCGUGGACCAUCUCCGUCAACUGCAUCGCGGCGGCGCUCAGCGCGCUGUCCCUCUACAACAUGAGCACCGGGGACAAGUUCAGCCGCGGGAAGUCGGCGCGCUGCGGGCUGGUGUUCUGCGUGGGGAAGUUCUUCAGGUGGAUGGUGGACAGCCGGGUGGCCCUGCGGAUCCACGAGCACGCUGCCAUCUACCUCACCGCCUGCGUGGAGAGCCUGUUCCGGGAGGUGUUCAGCCGCGUCCUGCGCAGCGCGCUCGUGGAGAGGGACAACGGGGUCCCCAAGUUCACGCUGGAGUCAGUGGAGCAAGCCAUCAACGGCGACUCAGAGAUCUGGGGGCUGCUGCAGCCCUACCAGCACCUCAUCUGCGGCAAGAACUCCAGCGGUGUGCUGAGCCUGCCGGAGAGCCUGAACCUGCACCGGGACCAGCAGCGCUCGGGGAGGGGCAGCGGCGACGGAUACACCCAGGCCGAGCUCCGCACGCUGGAGCAGUCGCUGCUGGCGACGCGGGUGGGCAGCAUCGCAGAGCUGAGUGAUCUGGUGUCCCGGGCCAUGCACCACCUGCAGCCCCUGCACAUCAAGAACCCUGGCAACGGGACCCCGGUCCACCAGAAGACCAGCAGCGGCACCACCACGGUGCACUGGGAGCCCGAGGCCCUCUACACCCUCUGCUACUUCAUGCACUGCCCGCAGAUGGAGUGGGAGAACCCCAACGUGGAGCCCUCCAAGGUCACGCUGCAGACGGAGAGGCCGUUCCUGGUCCUGCCGCCGCUGAUGGAGUGGAUCCGGGUGGCGGUGGCUCACACGGAGCAUCGGCGAAGCUUCUCCGUGGACAGCGACGACGUGAGGCAGGCGGCCAGGCUGCUGCUGCCGGGGGUGGACUGUGAACCACGCCAAAUCAAGGCCGAGGACUGCUUCUGCGCCACCAGGAAGCUGGACGCAGCCUCCACGGAGGCCAAGUUCCUGCAGGACCUCGGCUUCAGGAUGCUCAACUGCGGCCGCACCGACCUGGUCAAGCAGGCCGUGAACCUUCUGGGGCCCGACGGCAUCAACAGCAUGAGCGAACAGGGAAUGACCCCCCUCAUGUACGCCUGCGUCCGCGGCGACGAGGCCAUGGUCCAGAUGCUGCUCGACGCCGGCGCCGACAUCAACAGCGAGGUGCCCAGCACAGUAAACAAGCACCCCUCAGUUUAUCCUGAAACGCGCCAGGGGACGCCGCUCACUUUCGGCGUGUUACACGGACACGUCCCUGUCGUGCAGCUGCUGCUGGACAACAGAGCCAACGUGGAGGGCGCCCUGCAGGAUGGGGCCGAGAACUACACGGAGACGCCGCUCCAGCUGGCAGCUGCUGCAGGGAACUUCGAGCUGGUGAGCCUGCUCCUGGAGCGAGGAGCCGACCCCAUGAUCGGGACCAUGUGUCGAAACGGCAUCUCCUCGGCUCCGCUGGGGGACAUGAACUCCUACAGCCUGGCAGCGUCCCACGGCCACAGGAACGUCUUCCGGAAGCUGCUGUCCCACUCGGAGAAGGACAAAGGCGACGUGCUGUCCCUGGAGGAGAUCCUGGCCGAGGGCUCCGAGCCCGGGGAGAAGCGCCUGGCGCCGCAGGCCAACGGCGGCGGGACCCUGCGAACAGGAAAGGCCAAACUGAGGGCCCUGAGAGAGGCCAUGUACCAUAGCGCAGAGCACGGCCAUGUGGACAUCACCAUAGACAUCCGCAGCUUAGGCGUUCCCUGGACGCUGCACACCUGGCUCGAGACCCUGCGCACCUGCUUCGUGCAGCACCGCCGGCCGCUGAUCCAGGGCCUGCUCAAAGACUUCAGCUGCAUCCAGGAGGACGAGUACACGGAGGAGCUGAUCACUCACGGCCUGCCGCUCAUGUUCCAGAUCCUCCGAUCCAGCAAGGUCACCGGGGCUUUCCUUCAUGUGCACAACGAGGUGAUCAGCCAGCAGCUGUCAGUCAUCUUCACCCAGUGCUACGGGCCCUUCCCCAUUCCCAAGCUGACGGAGAUCAAGAAGAAGCAGACCUCGCGCUUAGACCCUCACUUCCUGAACAACAAGGAGAUGUCUGACGUUACGUUCCUGGUGGAGGGGAAACCAUUUUAUGCACAUAAAGUGCUGCUGUUUACAGCAUCAACCAGGUUCAAGUCGCUGCUCCAGAACCGUCCAGCAGCCGAAAACACCUGCAUUGAGAUCAGCCAUGUCAAGUACAACAUUUUCCACCUGGUCAUGCAGUAUCUGUACUGCGGAGGCACCGAGUCCUUGCACAUACGCAACACUGAAGUGAUGGAGCUCCUGUCUGCAGCCAAGUUCUUCCAACUAGAGGCCCUUCAGAGACACUGUGAGAUCAUCUGCUCCAAGAACAUCACCACGGAAACCUGCGUGGACCUCUACAAGCACGCCAAGUUCCUCGGCGCCUCGGAGCUCACGGCCUUCAUCGAGGGCUACUUCCUGAAGAACAUGGUGCUGCUGAUCGAGCUCGACGGCUUCAAGCAGCUCCUGUUUGAGCCUCCCCCGGCGGAGAGCCCUGUUUCCAGCCCCGGCAUCUGCUCUGACAUCUUCCACGACCUGGAGAAGACUCUGGCCACGCGCAUCCACUCCAUCCACCUCUCCACCUCCAAGGGCUCUGUGGUGUGACGCCGCCGGAGCCGGGGCCCACGCUCCCACCCGCAGCAUCCAUGUAACGUCCAGACCGACCCCGUCCACCUGUCCUGGCCCCACUGCUGAGGAGGAGCUCUUUUUAUGUCAGGGAUUCCCUUUAAUUCUGCUGUUGCAGCCGACUGAAGGUUGAUGUAGGCACACGACAAGACGCCUCGUUGUCCUAAUGGCUCCCACCGAUCACACACAUCAAUAAAAACCCUCUUAGAAAAUAGGAAAUGCAGAACUGCCAUGACCCAGUAGUUUCACCGUGAUUAGACAUGUUUCUAUUGUAUUUCAUAGGAUAAAUGCAUGAAAUACAGACUUUUCUCACUAGAGUAGGUUUGAAGCAUCUCUGAUAUGAGGCGUUAGUUCGCAGAGAGCAUCGCUUCGGGACCUUGGUGCCGCUGCAGAACGACGUUUGAUACCUGCCAAAACACCCGUAUAAUCUCAGCAUAGCACCAAUACACGUGUUAGUAGCAACGGCAGCUGCUCCCGUAGAGCUUCUAGUUCUGCCGCUUCAUGUCCGAUGCGUCUCACUGUGUCUAUCUACUGUGUGCAGAGGCCAAACUGACCAACUACAAUCUGCAGUCAAAUCUAUGCUGAAGAGCUCUCGGAACCUGGACGUCCUCUGGGAAACUGACUCCACCAACGCUGUCCACUUCUGCUUGGUUGAAUCUUUUAUUUUUUGCAUGACACUGCCCUGAUAUUGCUUUUUAUGAAGCUCACUUCACAGACCACUUUCGCUAAGUCGGGGGUUUGCUGCUUAUUAACUUUCUAUUUACUGCGUCGGACUGAAGGGAGACGACCUGAAGGUGGAUUUCUACUGACAGGGACCCGGAUAUUUGAAGCUAUGUGUAAAUACGCCCUGAAAGUGGUGGUGCUGGUCGUUGGUUUUGUCUUUUGUACUGAUGUACAGCGUUCUCCUACACUCGCUCGGCUGGUGAUGAAUGUGCUCCUCCACCGUCUGCUCCUGCUGUCCGUCUCUGUUGAUGCAACGCUGCAUGUUUUAAUCUGUUCGUACGACUUCUCGACUCCGCUUUCGGUGUGCUGUCUGUGUAGAGCAGUGGUUCCUGCUGAAUUCCUAGAAGACGUUCCCUCAUCUUGUUUUUAUCCAUUCAGAGCCAUCAGAAUAGAUCAAAGCUAUAUUUAAAGAAUUUUGAUUAGUUUUAGAAACAGAAUCCUGUUGAGGACGAACUGAAAACUCGAUACUAGAACAAGGACGUGAACUUGAACCUGAAGGUUGGAGUAAAACUCUACGAGAGGAGAAACUGCCACAUUCAUUCAACAUGAAAUAACAAAGCUUGAUCUUUAAACUGCACUUUAACGGUUGAUAGAGGUUAAAGUUUAGGCUUUGGUUCGUGCUAAGACACAAUUAGCAUUUUAAAUGUGUGUAAUUUAACAUUUGGGUUCAUUUUAAAUGAUUUGAGGAGAAUAACGACGUCAUUUGAGCGGCUCCUCUGACUGCUGCUUUAACUCGUGUUUUCUGAGGCAAUAACAAAUGAAGCUCAUUUGACUUUUUUAGUUAAAAAAAAAAGAACAAAAGCUUAAUGUCUCUGCUACACGACAUGGGCUGUGGUUUCACAGGUUCAUAUUCAUAUUUUCUUCAUACUAAAGUGUCAAACUGAGGGAUUCACCACAUGGCAGUAGAUGAGCUGGAUCAGCUGGUGCUGUGGUAAUUAGCUCAGGUGUCAAAGGCCUCACUCUAAAUGCAUGCAGCAAAUCAAACCAGGGACUCUCUGGAGGAGUCGUAACCAUCUGAAACUAGCUUUUCUACAAGCUUGAGGGAUUCCUGUUGUUGGAUUGAGCCUCUCAGUUUAGAAGGAAAACACAGCUAGAGUAUAUUUAUGAAUGUAACGAUGCUACAGAAGCCACCAGACAAAAACAGACGCUGGCCUCUUUUCCACCUCUCAAUGCGCACGUCUCUGAAAUGUCCUCACACUCUGUGGCUUUGUCAAACCGGCUCCAGACGAGUCGCAGAACUUCUGGCUUCAACUAUUGUAGCAGAAUUAAAACGUAAUUAAUAACAACGUGAACGGGCCAAAAAAACAUUUCAGGAUCAAACAAUAGACUUUGAAUCUGUAAAUAGUCACAGAACCUGAAGUAGAGAGAUUAUCCUACAACUUUAUUUUCUUACCUACACACAUUGCACUAUAUAUAUAUUUUAUUUUACAUUCCACAACUAUUUUGUUUUACAAAAGUGGAAAAGUCUAUAAAAUCUAUAAAAAGAUGCUUUAAAGUCUGAAAUUGAAGCAAUAUUCAUUAACUUUAAGUGAUACAACAAAUAAUAUGUCACAGGAUUAUAAAUAUAGAUUUACAGACAGUAACAUACUAUUGAUUAAUUAUUUUGCGACAUCCCAUAGUAUUCCACUCAUUUUAAAGCAGUAUUUCUAAUUACUAGACUUACAGUGUGUAGAUUUUAAUGGAGCUGGCUGAGAUAAUUAACGCUUUUGUCUGCUAAAUCGCACACAGGCCCACGUUUUCAUUCAAACCUGUUGUUUAAAUGUGACACGUGAUCUAAUGAUGCAAACUGUUUUGUCUCCGAGAGGCGAAAGGGUUCAUAAUGAUGUCAAGCACUUUUUGUGCCAGUGUUACUGUAGCCUCACGGGAUCAGAAGCCUUAGUAUUUUUAGCAGUAAGCUUAAGUUGAAGUCUUAUUGUGACUCCACAGCAGCUGAAUGACUUUAACAUUAAAAUCUGAGAAUAAGCCCAAAGAUGUGACGCUUUUCUCUGUAUUUAUUAGUGUUAAUGUUAUAACAUCAUUAGACUAACUUGAGCUUGCCCCUGUACUGACGCUUGUGAUGCGGAAUUGGGCCAAAGCCGUGGAGUAAAUGUGGGUUCGCAUGGCUCUUCCUGUUUAAUGUUGUUGAGAAUGUGCUCUGUGCACCAGCUUUGUCUAUCAAGACUCCCCCUGUAAGUUAUCUGAGCAUUUAUUUGCCUGCGUAUUUGUUCCUGGUAAUAAACAACAUUUCUCCUAGACGCUAAGGAAACGUGCAUGGGAUAGUCACUAGAACUCAAAUCCAGAGGGGGGAAAAACUUUGCUUCUUUUUAUUUUCCUUUAAUGAAAACAUGUAUAUUGUAAAAAAAAUAUAUAUAUAUGAGAAAUAACUUAUACAUGGUGUGAGAAGCAGAGAUGUGGUGGAGUAGAACAGCAACAAGGAACAGGACACUCGUGCUGCAGUUUGUCGUUCCAUGACAUGCUUUUGUGGACAUCUAAUAAACGACCACGGUUAAAACCGUUUGUCACCGUU